GGCAGCCGUGCAGUCGAGCGAACGCGGUCUCGAGGUGUGGUGUAAACCGCGCGCGCGUCGCAUACCAACAACAACCGCAUGAGAUGGACCGGCUCGAUCGUGGAUUAUCAAUAUUCGUCGCCCCGAUCUUGUAGCUCUUGUAGAAAUCGCGUAUAAUCAUCGGUGAUGUUCGCCUGACGCAGCUAGUACGCGAUUCUCGAACUCUUGAACCGGGCCGAAAAAAAAAAAACACGUUCGUUCGUCUUAAACCCGCGAACAUCCUGUCGAAAGUUCUGGCAAAAUACUUUGUCGAAGCGUCGUUGUCCUAGCAUUACCACGCAUCGUGACGAGGUAGCGCGCGAGGAGUCGCGGUACUCGCGAUUGUCAUGGCAAGCAAAAAGUAUGAUGAUGGAGUAAGCGAUGAUACCAGUGGUAGCGACUUUGAUGAUGAAGAGGAUCCUGAUAAAAUUGAAGUGCCUGGUGGGGGUAAAGAUCUUGCAACUGCCGCUGUAAUUGGAAGUAUUAAAGAAGAGAAACCUCCAAUUACAGAUUUACCAACAAAUCCUUUGGAUAAAACGCAAGGACCAUUAAAUGAAUUAAACCAAAAAUUUGGUAACAAAAUUCCUGGAGGAUUAGUGACAAAAAAUGCAUCACCAGGUUACGAAAUGGUGCAUGUAGGAGGCUCUCAAGGUACCUCGCCGGGAAAUUUUGUUGGUGGGACAGGUCAAAUGAAUCAAUUGAAUCAAUUAGCAACUGGUGGAUAUCCUGGUUUUCCACCAGGAUUGAAUCUUGCAGGAUUCAAUCCCGCUGCCUUUCUUCAAUCAAGCAUGGACAUGAAUGCUUUGAUGGGUAGCUUUAUGGGUAUGCCUGGUAUGAACAUGGGAGUAAAUCCUUUUGUUCAGUUACUUAAUCAAAGUGGGAUUACCAACUGGGCAGGAUUGUCAGGAAAGACAGUCUCACAAAUGUGGAUGAAUUCAGGUGAUCCAACAAAAUUGAUGCAGCCAAAUAUUCCAGAAGAGGAAGAGGUAGACGAUGAAGAUAUGGGUGUUGCUGAGACUUAUGCUGAUUAUAUGCCAACAAAACUCAAACUCGGACGAAAGCAUCCGGAUCCAGUUGUCGAAACAGCAUCUUUGUCGAGCGUCGAACCAACGGAUGUUUGGUACAAAAUCUCCAUACCGGAGGAGACGAUACGAUCCGGUGCACUCUCUGCCCUUCAACUUGAAUCCAUCACGUAUGCUUCUCAACAGCACGAGCAUCUCUUACCCGAUGGUACACGCGCCGGAUUUUUGAUCGGCGAUGGUGCGGGUGUUGGCAAGGGCAGGACUAUAGCCGGUAUUAUAUUCGAGAAUUACUUGAAAAGUCGAAAACGUGCCAUUUGGGUAUCGGUGUCAAAUGAUCUCAAAUAUGACGCCGAGCGCGAUUUGAAUGACAUAGGUGCAUCGAAAAUAGAAGUACAUGCUUUGAAUAAAUUCAAAUACGCGAAAAUCUCGUCAGCUGUGAAUGGUAAUGUGAAGAAAGGUGUGAUCUUUAGUACAUAUUCUGCAUUAAUUGGUGAAUCGACACAGAGCGGCGGGAAAUAUAAAAGCCGAUUGAAACAACUAUUGCAAUGGUGUGGCGAAGAUUUCGAUGGUCUGAUAAUUUUCGAUGAGUGUCACCGCGCGAAAAAUCUGUGUCCUACAGGAAGUUCAAAACCUACUAAGACAGGAUUGACAGUCUUGGAACUGCAGAAUAAGCUUCCGAAGGCUAGAGUUGUAUAUGCCAGUGCAACCGGUGCUUCUGAACCUCGCAACAUGGCCUACAUGGUACGACUAGGUAUGUGGGGUGAGGGCACGCCUUUCCCAGAGUUCACUGGUUUUAUUACUGCCGUGGAGAAGCGCGGUGUCGGCGCAAUGGAAAUCGUAGCGAUGGACAUGAAGCUGCGUGGCAUGUAUAUCGCUCGGCAAUUGAGUUUUCACGGUGUUGCCUUCAAAAUCGAGGAAGUACCUCUUUCCAAGGAUUUUACAAAAAUUUAUGAUCAUUCAGUGCGAUUGUGGGUGGAAGCAAUGCAGAGGUUCCAGGAAGCGGCAGAGUUAAUAGAUGCGGAGAAUCGUAUGAAGAAAACAAUGUGGGGUCAAUUUUGGUCGGCACAUCAACGCUUCUUCAAGUAUCUUUGUAUCGCUGCGAAGGUGAAGCAUGCGGUGUCAGUAGCUCGCGAGGCAGUCAAGUGUGGCAAAUGCGUGGUGAUCGGUUUACAAUCUACUGGUGAGGCACGUACUUUGGAACAGUUGGAACGUGACGACGGCGAACUCAGCGACUUCGUUUCUACUGCAAAGGGAGUUCUGCAAACGUUAGUUGAAAAACAUUUUCCAGCGCCGGAUCGUAGUCGCAUCCAACGUCUUCUUGGUUUAGAACCACCAAAAUUCAAAUUAGAGGAUGAUGAUCUCGACGCUGGCGGUUCUGCUGGAGGCAGCAAGAGGAAGCCGAUCCGUCAAGCAGCACAGCGUGCGACGAAAAAAGUGCGCUCUUGGUCAUCGGAAGAGGAAAUAUCAGACGAGGAAAAAAACGGCGCUCACAGUUCCGGCUCCGAAUACAAAUUAAGUGGCACCGAAAGUGAGGACGAUCACCAUACGGACGAAGAGAGCAACGUCAGUUCUGAUUUCAAUCCGUUCUUCAGUGAUAGCGAUUCUGACGUUGAUCCCUGGGACAGGCGAAAGAAAAAGGGCAAGAAGCAGAAGAAACCCGCCAAGAAACGUUUGAGCACGCAGGACAAAAUCCAAUCAAUGUUAGUGCAUAAACAGUCCAGUAAUAAAAGUAAACGUAAUGGCGACACGGCGAUGAGUGGGUCAAUGAGUGCUACGGGCGGAAGUGUGCCUCAAAAUCAAGCACCGCCUAGAGAUGCUAUUGAAAGAGCUUGCAGCAUGAAAGAGGAGUUAUUAUCACAAAUAGAAAUUCUUGGCGACCGAUUGCCGCCAAAUACGCUAGAUCAAUUGAUAGAUGAGCUCGGCGGACCAGAAAAUGUCGCGGAAAUGACUGGUAGAAAAGGUCGCGUCGUGCAAAGGGAAGAUGGUGGAAUAGAAUACGAGUCUAGAUCAGAGGUGGAUGUUCCUUUAGAAACUCUUAAUUUGACGGAGAAACAGAGGUUUAUGGAUGGAGAGAAGACUGUAGCGAUAAUUUCCGAAGCAGCUAGUAGUGGUAUAUCAUUACAAAGCGACAGGCGAGCUAGAAAUCAAAUGCGACGUGUGCAUAUCACGCUCGAGUUACCGUGGAGUGCGGACAGAGCGAUACAGCAAUUUGGACGAACGCAUCGAUCGAAUCAGGUCAACGCGCCGGAGUAUAUAUUUCUUAUAUCGGAUUUGGCCGGAGAGAGGCGAUUCGCUUCGAUCGUCGCGAAACGUCUGGAAAGUCUGGGUGCGUUAACGCACGGUGAUCGUCGCGCGACUGAAACCCGAGAUCUCUCGCAAUUCAAUAUUGACAACAAGUACGGUCGUUCGGCUCUAGAAGCGACGAUGAAAACUAUAAUGGGAUACGAACCGCCGUUAGUACCACCACCUCAGGAUUAUCAAGGUGAUUUCUUUAAAGAUGUGGCGGAUGCACUUGUAGGCGUCGGUUUGAUUUGCAAUAGCGAGAGUACGCCCGGUGUGCUCACACUCGAUAAGGAUUACAACAACAUGUCAAAGUUCCUGAAUCGUAUACUUGGGAUGCCAGUCGAUCUGCAAAAUCGUCUGUUCAAAUACUUCACCGACACGCUCAACGCUAUUAUAACUCAGGCCAAGAAGACCGGUCGUUUUGAUAUGGGUAUUCUUGAUCUUGGUACAUCAGGCGAGAACGUUCGCAGGGUGCGUCUUUAUCGGUUUCUGCGGAAGCACGCGACCGGUAAAGCACCAACGGAACUACAUGUAGUCCACGUCGAGCGCGGUAUGAGUUGGUCCGAGGUCACAGACAAGUUCUCGGAGCUGACUGGAGCUAAGGAGGGUUUCUAUCUGAGUCAUCAGAUCCGCAAUGGCAAACAGACGGCCAUUCUCGCGGUCGUGGUGGACAGUGGGAAAAAAAAGUCCGAAAGCAAGAAGGAUCAGCUUUAUAUGGUGUAUAGGCCCAACACGGGUCUGCAGCUACGACAAGAAACUCUAGGCGAAUUAGAGAAGAAGUACAAGAAGGUAAGCGCAGAUGAGGCGGAGCCACACUGGACACAACAGUACGAGGCUUCUGUGAAUACGUGUUCGCAUGCGUAUUGGAGUGGCAAUUGUAAAAAUACCACUCUUGGCAUAGAUUGCGAAGUGGGGCUGAGAAGACGUUCCUAUAAUGUAUUAGCUGGUUCAGUUCUGAGUGUUUGGAGUCGUGUUGAGAAUGUGCUCGCUACGCGAUCCGGACAUAACUCUAAGAUGCAAGUUAUACGGCUACGUACGGAUGAAGGAUUGAAGAUUGUCGGGACGCUGAUCCCAAAGUCUUGCAUGGAGUCAUUACGACAAGCGCUCUCCUCUGACGCAGAGAAGACAGAGGAACAGACAUUUUGAAUGCCGAGUCUCUCAUCAAGGAUAUAAAUAGGACCAAGCAAGACUCUCGAUGUGACGUAGUAUACUGCGACUGUAGAAAGACUUCUUAAAUCUUUCGUCCAAAUGCGAAUUCAGUCGUGAUUGUGCGUAUUUGCAUACAUUACUUGCCUGGUACCGUUAAGAUGUGGCGCACUAAGUAGAUUCCGAAUUGAAUCUACUAAGCGUGAUGAACAUAAAUAAACGCUUCCGAUUAAUUAUCGACAAGGCUAAAAUUACAAUUUGCUGCUUAUUUCUUUGUCAUGUCUAUGUAAUCAUUCGCGAAAAAUUCUAGCAUUCUAGAAUUCUAGCA